AUGUUGUCCCGAGUGGCUCGCCAGAAAAAUGCCCUUUUCCACCUCCGGAAGGCCAAUGCCCAUCGGGUAUUGGGGACAUCUUCAAUACUGCGUCUACACUCCAACUCGGCCCGACCGACAUCAGCCGGAAUCCCACCAAGCGUGACAUCAGAGAACCGAAAGCCCUCCCUCCAAUCGCAUCGCAAUCUCGCUACCGCUGCCGACCCUUCCGUUGUCGACAGAGCAACCUACAUGCCCAUCGAUGACACCUUAUCACAAGCCUUGGAUCGCGCGGAACUCCGCCAGGAGAUCCGACCGAAGAUCCGAGAAGCGUCCUUAUUCAAUCAAGACAUGUUCGAUAUUUCAUCCAUUCUUAUCGUCGAUGAGAUCCCACAGACCCACAUGAAAACCUUCCGCAAAAUCCGUGGUAUUGGAGGUGACGCGAAUGAAAUGAUGGCAAACUUUGACAUGUCGCUCAGAGUCGGCCGGUUUGAUCGAGCUGCGGCUUUGAUCAGCCGAUUGGGCUCUAUUCAUGCGCGCGACUCUCCUGAAUUUCUGACUUUGCACAACCGAUAUUUGAAGGACAUGGUCUCACACAUGAUUGCCUCUCGACAAGAUGAUAUGGUCUGGCCCGUGCAGAAGUGGUUUGAAGUUGAUAUGCCAGCUGGAGGUGUGCAGCCUGAUGCUACCACUUUCGCAACUAUGAUUCGCAUGGCGCUCCGAAUGAUUCACGGCUCCAAGCGAGAAAGAACCGUUCGUCGAUACUGGGAACUUGCCAAAAAAGUGGAUUGUCAUGAAGAUCUAUUGGGUGUCGAAGUCCUAACCGACUUGGAUUUGGGUGAAUUGUCCGAGAUUUGCUCCUCUGAUUUGGGUCAUGCCAAAUUUGACCUCGAUGAGCUCGAAAAUACUCCCAACAUCGAAAUGAUCCCCGAAAACCUCGACCAAGUCGUCGAAGUGUUGUCUAGUGACCAGAAAGGUCUUGGCUUGUCGUCCUUGAAGGAAUCGCUUGCCUUGUUUGCAGGCAAAUAUCACAUCUCUUUGCCCGCUGAUUUCGAAGGCAACGAAGAACAAAAGCAUGACCUGUAUAUGCAGCUUAGACAACGACAAGUCGAGACCGAUACCAUUAGGUCUGCCCACGAUCGCUGGCAAUCUGAGUUUCAAAAAAUGACACAAUCCGGAUUGGACUUGAUCACUGGCAAGAAGAAGGUCAACCAAUUCAUGGGCCAGUGGCACAGGGAUCUUGUGACCAAAAUCAAUGAUGAGAAGAGACUCGCCGCUGAAGAGGAAGGGCAACCGGUCCGAACAGCUGAACAAAAGUCGCGUUGCGAGUAUGGUGUGUUUCUUGCCUCGCUUGAUGCGGAACGUCUCGCUGCAAUCACUAUGCUUGCGACAAUCAAUUCAUUCAGUCGUAUAGGGAUUGACAAGGGAGUCAAGGUCUCCACUAUCGCUUCGGCAGUUGGCCGAGAGGUUCAGGAUGAGUUAAUUGCCAUGGAAUGUAUCAAGAGGGCGGAAACCCAAGGCUCUCAACGCGUCAAGAUUUUGAAACAACUUCUUAAUGAUCGCAAGAAGAAUGGACGUUAUAAGUGGCAAGAAUUGUCCGAGAAGGUGCAAAAGGAUCAGGAGGAAUUGAACUGGAGCGCGCGAGUUCAAGUUAGACUUGGUGCAGUGUUGACAGGCUUGCUGUUUGACGUUGCCAAAGUUUAUGUUGUCAACAAGAACGAGGUGACUGGUGAAAAAUUGACGACAAUUCAACCGGCCUUGCAACACGCUUAUCAGAUUACCUAUGGUAAAAGAGUUGGCCUCCUUAACCUACAUCCCGAAAUUGUCAAAAUCGUCAAAGCUGAACCUCCGCCUGAUCUGAUCGGUCGCCAUCUUCCUAUGGUCUGCAAGCCAAGACCCUGGACAGGACCAAGAGAUGGAGGCUAUCUUAUUUACCAAAGCAAUAUCAUCCGCACCACCCCAGGCGAGGGGUUGCAGCCACUUUACAUAAAGGCCGCUAUGAAGGAUGGUGGUCUCAAAGAAAUCCGACACGGCCUCGACGUUCUCGGAGGCACCGGCUGGGUCAUCAACCGAGAUGUGUUUGAUGUUAUGCUCGAAUCUUGGAACUCUGGCGAAAGAAUCGCAAGCUUGUCACCGCUUGAUCUCGAAAUUCACCCUCCCCAGAAACCCGACCCAAAGGCUGGUCAAGCUGCAGAGAGAGAAUGGCAGAACCUGAUGCGUGAUAUAGAGAACAAGCGGUCUGCAGCCCAUUCUCAACGAUGCUUCCAGAAUUUCCAGAUGGAAGUUGCACGCUCUUUCCGUAACGAGACCUUCUACCUUCCUCACAACUUGGACUUCCGUGGCAGAGCCUAUCCGCUCCCUCCAUACCUCAAUCAGAUGGGAGCUGAUAAUGCUCGAGGCCUGUUACUUUUCAGUGAUGCAAAGCCAUUGGGCGUCAGUGGUAUGCGCUGGUUGAAAAUUCAUUUGGCUGGCUUGGCUGGAUUCGACAAAGCGAGCAUGUCUGAGCGUGAGCAGUUUGCCAAUGACAAUCUUGAAAAAAUCCUUGAUUCCGCCGAUAAUUCUCUCAGCGGAAAGCGAUGGUGGCUGGAGGCCGAAGAUCCAUGGCAAUGCUUGGCAGCUUGUAUUGAACUUCGAAAUGCUCUUCGUCAUCCUGAUCCGCUCGAAUACCCAUCUCGCCUGCCGAUUCACCAGGAUGGCUCAUGUAACGGUUUGCAGCACUAUGCCGCUCUUGGUGGUGACAGUAUUGGUGCUCAGCAGGUCAAUCUUGAGCCUUCCGAUAGACCUUCUGAUGUCUACACUGGUGUCUCAGAAUAUGUGAAAAAAGUCGUGGCCGAGGACGCUGCCCGUGGUCUCCCAGUUGCCGCCCUACUUGAAGGGAAAAUUACUCGAAAGAUUGUCAAACAAACUGUCAUGACUAACGUUUAUGGUGUGACUUUUAUGGGUGCGAUGAGACAGGUCCGCAAGCAGCUUCAAGAUCAUUAUCCGGAUAUGACCGCGGAUGAAAAGAAGACAGGCUCUCUGUACAUUGCACGCAAAAUUUUUGAGGCUCUGUCAACUAUGUUCAAUGGAGCUUCUGACAUCCAGCACUGGCUAGGAGAUUGCGCGAGUCGCAUUACUCAGUCUGUGUCCCCGGACUGCAUUGAGGAACUUGCAAGAGAAGCAUUGUUACCCGACGUCGAAACCUCUGAUAGAUCCGACCCCAAGACUGUUGAUCCUAGUAAAAAGUUCCGGUCAACUGUCAUUUGGACCACACCGCUUGGCCUUCCUGUUGUUCAACCAUAUAGAACCCGGAAGGCGCGGCGCAUUUCGACCACGCUGCAAGACCUUAGCGUCGUUGAUUACAAUGCUGAAGAUGUGGUCUCAAAGCGCAAGCAGCUCCAGGCCUUUCCCCCUAACUUCAUUCACUCCCUUGACGCAACUCACAUGCUGCUGUCCGCCAGCGCAUGCCACCGUGCUGGUCUCACUUUUUCUGCUGUCCACGAUUCCUUCUGGUCACACGCUAGUGAUGUCGACAGCAUGAAUCGCAUUCUUCGAGACGCUUUCGUUCACAUGCACCAAGACGAUAUUAUUGGGCGACUCCACGCAGAGUUCAACGUCCGAUAUAGUAAGCACCUUUACAUGGCCAAAGUCCCGAAAAGCAGCCCAAUCGGAAAGGCGAUUUCGAACCAUCGCAAGACCACUGGAGUUAAAAACCAAAAAUUCCUCGAGCUCCUUGCUGAAAAUCAGCGACAAACUCUGUUACAGUCUGAUGACCCUACCGACCAGGCGGAAGGUCGUGCCAUGAUCACAUCAGCCAGUAUAUUUGAGAAGAUGGACGGUACCGAUGCCAACUUGGUUGUCACUUCUACCAUAGCAUCAUCUGAACUCGGCAGCGUUCCGGAAGAUCUUGCGGCCGCUGCGCGGAGACCCGACGCAAACAUUGAUCUUGACGACCCAGCUAUUGGGAGCCUGUUCAAUGAUUUCAGCAUCCGCGAGAAGGUGGGCCCUCGUCAGAUCAUCGAUAUUGAGGAAACCCCGGAAGACUAUGGUCCCAAAAAGCGCGCGGCCAGCACUGUUUGGGUGUGGCUGCCUCUUAAAUUCCGUGAUGUUCCUGCUAAAGGCACUUGGGAUAUCACCCGAAUUCGGGAGAGUGAAUAUUUCUUCUCUUAA